ACUCUGCGUCCUAUCCACCAGCAUCACCCCCUUUUCACCUAGAGACCUCUUUAGAUUCACUGCCGUGCUUUCAAACUGACUUGAUGAAAUUCAAGUUACUAGGGCAGGGUCCCUCGGGCCCUCGUUUGCCAGUGGAGAACGGAGCCAGUGAAAUCGAGGCGUCCGCUCCCCCGUCUUCACGGGAUGAAUCCAACAAAGGACCUCCAAGCCCGAUUCGCAGGUUGUUGGGCAAGGUGACUAACCGUUCCCCCCGGAGCGCUCGAAGCGCUCGACAGUCUCCGAUCUCUGAACCCGCGACUGCAAGUUCCCGCGCAAAAGAUCACCUCCCCGCUCAGACAACUCAGGAUCCUUCACCACUCACUGCUCCUGCUUCCGAUGCAGCUCCUAACCAGGCUUCUAAUUCAGACAUUUUGAAGGUCUAUCAUCAGGCCAAACCACCACCUGAUACGGAGCUUGUGAAGGCAACACUCGCCCACGCCAAAGCAGAUUUCGAAGGCAUCGGAUAUGGCUCAGGAAUGGCUCAAAAUACAGCUGCGGCAUACUACAACCUACAAUCCGAUCCCAAUACCAGCAACAUGUUCUCUGCGAUUCUCGGACCAUUGAAAAAGUUCAACGAUGUCGCCAACGGGCUUGCAGAUGUUCAUCCCUAUGCAAAGGUAGCAUUGAGUAUAUUCACCUUCGCUUCCAAGGUGUGCUCGCUUCCGUAUUCCCACCUUUAUAGGCGACUGAAAUUGCCUGGUGACAGAUGAUCCUUGAUCAGGCAGACCGCGAUGCUGCUGUGUGUCGCCUUCUCACAAAGAUAUCGGAGGUCUAUACUUUCAUGAUAGAAGACGAGGCCUUGACCAAGAUCCAAUCCAUGGUAACGGUAUAUGGAAAGAUAGCCCGACAGACGCAGGAGUGCGCCGAUUUUAUCACCCAUUACUCUAAGACAAAGAGUGUCUGGAAAAGACUUGGCAAACACGUCGCCAGCGAAACAGAUAUCGUGAUUCAAAUCUACAGCGCAUCUCUCGAGAGUCUCAUGCAGCAGUUCAGAGAUCACGCAAUUCGUGAUGCUGUGAUCAUCCUUCACCGUGCCGGCCAGGAUCUGGACUUCAGCGGC